UGGAAAUGGCUUUCAAUAGCUAGCGGGUCGGGGCGGUUGGGUUCACAAUGCGGGUUAGGGCGGGUCGGGCUGGGUUACCCUGGGCACCUCGGGUCGCUCUCUGCUGUUCGCUCCCAGCUCCCGCAGAAAGAGAAAGACAACGCCGCCGCUCGCCGCCGUCGUUCCCCGGCGACCUCCUCCAACGAAGUCCGUUGAUCCAGGUGCGCCUCUUCUAGAUCCCCUCUCCCAUCAUAUCCUCCGCUUCACCCCUUUCCCUGCCGAAGUACCACGCGCCCAACUCGUAUUUGUUCGAGCCACCGCCGCCGCCACCCUGGCCGCCGGGAAUCGCUAGCGGCGGGGACCUGUGGUGCGGUCGCGCAUGUGCCACCCCACCUUAUUCUAGGUGCCACAUACCUUGUAUUUUAUCCCGUAAUUAGGUGAGUAUUUUUGGGGAAUCAUUUUUCGUUUUGCUCGAUCUGUUUUACAAUUGUAGUUUUCUUCUUUCUCCGUUAUGAUGACGGGGCGUUUGGUUCCUUUAGUCAUACUUCUAAAGUUAAAGUAGGGUUUGGUUCUGAAGUAUGAUGGGACGAACCCGUUCCGCUACUAAAUUAUUGUUGUUUGGAUGUUCCAUAUAAGACAGAUUUGCUUAAAAAAUAAAAAUUAUGCUUAAAUGCUGAAUCUUUGGGCUCUGUAAAAUCUCCUAGACGGAGCCACUUGGCAUGGAGCCGCUCUAUACCAGCUGCCUCCGGAACCAAACACUAUCUAAAUAGUUCCUAGAAUUUCUGGGAGACCUCAUUUAGUCAUACUAUUUAGUAGUUUAGGAACUAAGGCUAUCUUCAGUAGCUCUAAUAUCUCGCCUUUUAUCCCACCUUCUAUUUCAAACUUCAUUAUGUAAACAGUGCUGUCUACGGUACAAAACAAUGCUUUACAUGGUCAUAUGCACGAUCUGCUGAACACAACUUAAUGGUGACUAAACUUUAGUUACUAAAUUUUAGGAGGUGGGAACCAAACGCUCUUGAAAAUUGGCCCCAGUGCUGCUAGUCUUGUUUUCCUUUACUCUGGAACGGUUCCAGAUGGAAUGAUAGGUUUACUUGUGCUAACAUUGAUCACCUGGGAUAGUUUGUAGCCUCAAUCCAUGCAAAACGACAAUGCCUUAGUCUUUUACAAUUUUGCAUGUACAUAUCGGCUAUAGGGUGUCUACCGAUCUAGAGUAUAUAUGAUCCUAUUUUUACAUAAGUUUAAACAGUAAGUUACAAGUUCAGUGAAAGAUAGUUCACUCUAAACUCUGAAGGACAAACUCCAGGAAGUUAAACUGUAGUUUUAUUUCAGUUUCAGCGCUGGUAGUGUGGCAUCUGUAUUUCUGUUUUUUUCUUGAUCAGGUUCUGCUGCAUUGCUAUGAAUGGUGUGAGUUGCAUGGAGUUGAAUAUAAGCCAAUUGCUGACGUGGCGUUUUAUUUCAAAAUCUAUACAUCGAUCUGAUUUCUCAUGAGUUUAGCCCCGUUUUGAAACAUAGUGUUGGUCUGUAGUUUGCAUUGUUAUUAAAACGUCGUUUAAACGAGAAAACGUGUUUAAAAGUUGGAAUGUCCGAACGUUUUAGGUUUAGGGCGUAGAACGUCCGUUUUGAGUGUUUAAACGACGUUUAAGCGUCCAGAUAGCGUUGUAGGGCGUUUUAGAGGUUCUACCCGUCCUGGGCCUUUAGCAUUUUCUAGGUCACUUUCCUGGGCACUGGCCAGCGCCGGACGCGGUGCCCUCACUCCCUCAGCCAGCCGCCGCUCUGCUCUCCUCUCUCCUCUCCUCAGCCACAGCCAGCCGUCGCUCUGCUCUCCUCUCCUCAGCCACAGCCAGCCGCCGCUCUCCUCUCCUCUCUCCUCUCCUCUCCUCAGCCAUGCAGCCAGCCGCUGCUCUCUGGCGCCCACAGCAGCCCAGCCGGCAGCCGCUGCUCUCCUCAGCCAGCAGACCAAAGCAGACCGCCCUCGGCCUCCACGAACUGUGGCACUGCGCCCACAGCAGACCAUAUUGAUAUGGAUCACUUGGACGAACAUGACAGUGAUGACAUGAAUGUAGGGGUAGCUUCAGAUGGCCCCUCCAGACUCAGAAAGAAGAGGUCCAAGGUUUGGGACGACUACAAGCCCAUCAUUGUAGAUGGAGCAAUUCAGAGCGCGGAAUGUCGCUACUGUCAUAUUCACAUGAGUUGCAGAGGUGCUGAUGGUCAAUCCAAUGGGACAAGCCAUUUGUGGCGACACCAGAAAAUUUGCCGAGCAAAAGAUGGGAUUUUUCCAAACCCACUUCAACAGGACGCAUACUUGCCAUAUGUGGUGAAUGAAGUAGACCCGCUGGACCAAAUUCUUCCAGAUUCACUUGAUGAGAUUAAUUUAGUGACUCAAAGUGAGAAUAGCAAAUUCAGGUCAAAGGUUUGGAAGGAUUUUAUACCAUUCUAUGUUCGAGGGAGAGUCCAGGGUGCUGACUGUGUUCAUUGCCACAAGCGAUUCAGUGCAGAUAAAGGUAGAAGCCAUUUGAACCGGCACACUCAAACUUGUCCGGCACGGAGUGGAAAUAGCCUAAAUCACCAGAAAGGUGUGUUGUACCAGUCUAGUCUACCGAGUUCUAAAUCUAGCUUUCAAGAUGAGCUUUCACCAGCAUUGACAAAUGGCAAAGUUCAGAUUGCAGAAUAUGCUAGUAAGUUCCUCAAAGACAGCCGAGGCGAUGCAAGCCUUGUGGAACAUCAUGUUCUAGCUUUACCAGCAAUGGAUGAUAUGAAUCCCUCAGAGCAGAAUACUUCAUCAGCUCAGGCUGCUACUGAUAUAACCAGGAAACCUGACCAAGAAGCAUCUUAUCAUGAGUUAACUAGAAUGAUUAUUUCACAUGGCUAUCCCUUGUCGAUUGUCGAGCAUGAAGAAAUGAGAAGGUUUGCAAAGAUCCUAAACCCCACAUUUAACAUGGCUUCAAGCAUUGAUAUAGAAGAGUAUUCAACUCUUUUGUUUCAGAAAGAAAAGUCUGAGCUUAAGGAAAGAAUUGCACUUUUGUCCCAUCGGGUUUCCUUGUCAGCAAGUGUUUGGGUUCCUCAUGGAGCUGAAGCCUCAGUAAAGUAUCUCUGUUUGGCAGUGCAUUUUGUAGAUUCAAACUGGAAACUUCAAAGGAAAACCAUCAAAUUUGGUGUGUUCUGGUCCUCAUCUACUAGUUUGGAAAGGAUGAUACAGUUUAAGGAGGCCUGUGUGCUAGAUUCUGAUAUUGGACCAUUUAAUGUCAUACAGGAAGCUAUAAGAGAUUGGAAUCUUGAUCAGAAGCAUUUCAGCUUGACAUCUGGUAGUGAAAUUAGAAAUGACGAGGGGACCUCAAAACUGAUGGACUUGCUCAUCCAAAGGAAAUGCCUUCCUAUUAGAGGCAAGCUAUACAAUAUCGCUUGUGUGAAUGAUGUGCUUAACGGCAUUGUCUCAAAAGGUCAACCGGUGCUUUAUCAUGUUGGUAACAUACUAGAGAAAUUUAUUCAGGCACAAAUGUCCUCAUCUCUGACUCGACAGCAACUUCUAGAAGUUGUUGCACAUAUGGGAUUGAAGUGCCCACAGGAAGAAGCUAAAUGGUGGCACAUAAUUUACUUUAGGCUUGAAGUUCUUCUGCAUUUCAAGAAGGCAUUUCCCUCGGAAGACUUGUUAUCUGCAGAAGAUAACAAAACUUUUGAGUCUGUUUGCAGGAUACUCAGGGCUUUUUAUCGCGCUGUUGAAGUGAUUUGUGGUCCUGUUUGCCCCACAGCAAAUAUGUACUUCAAUGAACUGUGGAAAGUUAGAACUGUUUUGCAAGAAGAAGCAUCAACUGAUCGUGCUGCACUUGCUAACAUGGUUUUGGAGAUGCUGGAAGCAUUCAAUGAGUAUUGGAAAAAUUCAUAUGUGUGGCUGUCAAUACCUGUUGUUCUUGAUCCCAGAUUCAAAAUUACUUUUAUUGAGUUCCGUUUAAAGCGAGCUUUUGGUACCAAUGCAGAAAAACAUGUAUCUGCCAUUCGUGAUACAAUAAGGGAGCUGUUUCAUGAAUAUUGUGGACUUUCAGAUAACUUGGGUGCCGAUACAUCAACUCGUGAAGCUCAUGAUGUUGAGUUGUAUGGAUUUGACAGUGAUUCAUUGGAAGAUUGGGAUGAGCAUCUUAAUGCACAGACAAGGAACCAACAAUUGACAGAACUUGACAACUAUCUAGAAGAUGGUCUUGUCCCAAGGAAGGAUGAUUUUGAUAUCCUGAACUGGUGGAUGAGUAAUUGUACAAAGUAUCCAACCCUUUCAGUUAUGGCACGCGAUGUCCUGGCGAUUCCAGCUUCUGCCGAUAAUUUUGAGGCUGCGUUAAGUGGUGAGGCAAAUGUGAUACAUAAGCAAUGGAGUACAUUAAGUAUCAAAACAAUUGAGGCUCUUGUAUGUACCCGAGAUUGGGGUAAAUAGAAUGAAGUUCACAAGCAGUUCAUAACCAUAGUGCUUCUAACCCGGGAAUACAGGAUGAUACAGAAAGAGUACACCAGCCAUUUAUUGUGCAGUAUAUCAGACAUCUCGCAGCCAACUGGUAAUACAAACCCUACCAAACGUGGGCUUCUGAGUGUUUUCAUGUAUUGUGCACAUUGAUGUCCAGUGAUUUUAUUAUGUUAUUACUAUUUGUACAGUGCCAAUGACGUGCUGCUGCUUUAGCCUGAUUGAGAAUUCUUGUACAACGUCUCUAGAAAGCCAUUUGAUGACUGAUGUUCUGUUCAUGUUAUCCUGGCGUGCUGGAUGUGCUGUGCCCCCUUCAAAAGCUGAAUUUUGGGGCAACCACCAGUGCUCAAAUUUGAUCUACGGGUCCUGUGGCUGACAUCACCAUGAAAUGAUUGCUGGCUUCAAAUCACAUUUAGGACAAUGUGGUUGGUUAAACGUUGCAUUAAUCUUGAGUAGCAUAUCAAUACUGCAAAAGAGCGGAAGAAUUAGAAUACCUUUCGCUCAAGGUCUAUAUUCAUAUAGGAAUGUAAAUAUUACUGUCACCAGUAAGACAUCUUACACCUUCCUUCUGUUCAAAUCAAUAGAUGCCCAUUCCGCUGGCAAACUUUUUUCUCA